AUGGGGCCUUGGCUUGUGGGCGCCACCUUGUGGUUAUUCUCGGCCAGCUUCGCGUACGCCACCAGGCAGCGGUCGCUCUGGUUCAGGGAGAAGAACUGUGGGACAGUACCACUGGUGGAUGUGAUUUCAGGGUCUCGAAUUAUAGGUGGUCACGAUGCUCAGACUGGAGCAUGGCCAUGGAUAGUUAGCCUGCAGUUUUUAAAAGCUUUCAACAAAUCCGUUCAUUUGUGUGGUGGAUCCAUAAUUAGAGAAACGUGGAUCCUUACAGCAGCCCACUGCUUUAAAGUUUCUAGAGAGCCAGAAUUUUGGAUAGCUGUAAUUGGAGUUAACAAUAUUUUACAGAACCGUAUGAAGCAUAAGAAAAUACAAAUUGAUUUCAUCGUCAUCCAUCCAGAAUUCAAGCAUAAUACUUUUGAAAAUGACAUUGCACUGAUUCAUUUAAAAAAUCCUGUGACUUACAAUGACUUUGUUCAGCCUAUUUGUUUGCCAUUUUUUGAUGAUGUGCCCUUAGACAAUACCAAACGGUGCUUCAUAAGUGGUUGGGGAAAAAGGACAGAAGAAGGUACACUGACACCUUUAUUACAAGAGGCUGAAAUACAUUUUAUUCCUUGGGAUAUGUGUAAUGCAGUAGGAAGUUAUUCAGGAAGAGUUCCUAAUACUUCAUUUUGUGCAGGUGAAAGUUUUGGAAAUGUUGAUACUUGCAUGGGUGACAGCGGAGGUCCUUUGAUGUGUUACUUUCCAGAAAAUGAAAGAUUUAUUCUAAUGGGUAUUACCAGUGCUGGAGUUGGCUGUGGCAGACCAUUUUUCCCUGGCAUUUAUACUGAGGUGCGGUUAUAUGAAACAUGGAUAAAAAAUGAGUGGCUGCAGGAAGUUUCUGCAGGCAAAAAUGAAAUGAAUAUUGUACAGGGAAACAUUAUAAUAAUUAUGGUAUUUAUCAUUUUAUUUGUGCCCACAUAA